AUGGGUACUUUUCAUUCUGUUAAAGAUGCGGUGAAGCUCUUUAACGCUGGUUUCUCUGGAGGCGGACAUCUCAACCAGAGGCAAGAACAAAUUGGAGUGUUUGUGGAGGAGACAAAUAUCUGUUUCUGGGAUACAGAGGUUAACAAGUUGAAGGAGAAGGUGAAUAAUGCUGAGACGGCCAAGAUCGAGGCUUUGUUAGAGCUUGAAGAAGCCAAGAAAACGGUUGAGCAUCUCAAUCAAAAGCUGAUAAUUAGGCAGAACAUGAGAAAUGAUGAGAAAUCUUUAGAUUUGAGUAGUAAUGUGAGAGCUGUGACUUCGGAGCUAGGCCUUGCUAAGGAAUUGCUUCAAAGAGUAGCUAAAGAGGAGAGUGAACUUGAAUAUAGGCAGAACAUGAGAACUGAUGAGAAAGGUUUAGAUUUGAGUAGUAAUGUGAGAGUUGUGACUUCUGAGUUAGGCUUUGCUAAGGAAUCGCUUCACAGAGUAGCUGAAGAGGAGACUGAAUUGUGUGUAUUAAUGGAGUCUCUUAAGCUCGAGCUUCAAAACGUGAAGAGAGAGCAUUCACAGCAUAGAGAAGUUGAGCAGAGAGAAAGGGAUCAAGCAAUUGAGGAGCUGAAGAAGGAAACCGAUGAUGCAAAGAAGGAGCUCUUGCUGCUCGAAGAAGAGCUCAAGAUUGCUCUUUUCGAGGCUCAAGAAGCAAAAGAUGCAGAGGAACACGCCAGACAACGGUUAAAUGUUGCAGAGACGACUUUGGUUUUACAGUCUGAAGUCAGAUUAGCUGAGGCGAAAGAAAGUGGCGCUACUGAAAUAAGUGAGACGGAAGCUUUAAGAGCUUGCAGAGAUGAAACACUCAAGAAACUAGCGAUGAGUGAGAGAGAGAUCGAAGAUAUAAAAGCUGCAACACUGGAGGCGAUGAAGAAAGCAGAGCUGGCCGAAGAAGCUACAGUUGUUGUGGACGCAGAGCUUAAACGACGGCGUAAAGCAGCGAGUAGGGUCUUGGCAGAGUCCAAAAUGUGUGCCAAAUCAUUACCCUCUGCAAAGGAAGUCCACAAGUCAAAACCGAGAUCAGCGUCCAAAGAUGGUUGUUUGGUCAAGUGUUAG